AUGCUGCAAUGCCUCGGGGAAGAUCCGACCCGCGAAGGGCUUGUGGCUACGCCGGAAAGAUUUGCCAGUGCCAUGCUCUACCUUACCGAGGGCUACUCCCAAGAUCCCUUAGAUGUUGUGGAAAGCGCUAUCUUCAGGGAAAAUAGUCAGCUUGUCCUGGUCAAAGACAUCGAAAUAUGCAGUCUCUGCGAGCAUCACAUGCUUCCAUUCAUAGGAAAGAUUCACAUUGGCUAUGUCCCCAACGGCCAGGUGCUCGGUCUUUCCAAACUUGCUCGUAUUGCGAGUAUUUUUUCCCGUCGCUUACAGAUCCAAGAGCGGCUGACAGAGAACGUUGCUCUUGCUAUCGAGAGUAUCCUAAAGCCUCAAGGAGUGGGCGUGAUCAUUGAAGCAACACACAUGUGUAUGAUCAUGCGAGGCGUCAAGAAAUCCAAUGCAGUGGCGACAACUAAAUGGAUGACGGGUGUACUACAGGAGGAUACCGCAGCUAAAAAGGAAUUCUAUUCUUUGUUGAAUCGUUAG